AUGUGUGGCUUGUUCUGUAGUCCCUGUCUGGAAUGUAGACUUGCGAGCAAGUAUGGUGAGUGCUUUUGCUUCCCAUUGCUACUGGGUUCAACCUUAGCCCUAAGAGCCGGCAUCAGAGAGAGACACAGCAUACAUGGAACUCUCUGCGAAGACUGGAUGGCAGUUCAUUGCUGCUGGCCUUGUGCAGUCUGUCAAAUGGCUCGAGAAAUGAGGAUAAGAUCUCUGUUCCAGGUCUACAAAAUGCACCUAUCCUCUCCUCCUCUUCUGGCCAAAGAUACACUUGUUUAA